AUGGGUGUUUCUAUCGAUUCCACCAUCCACAAAGAUGUCCUGCUCAGGAAUCUUCACCCAGCCUUCCACACAGUCCGCACCAUCCUCCUUGCACGCUCUCCUGAGCCCAAACUCGAAGACUGCAUCACCCAGCUUGCCAGCUCAAGCUCAGACCCUGGAGUGGUUCUCAAAAUCGAAGAUGGUGAUAUUUCGAGCCUGGCCCUGGCUGCAUCGGCGCCACGUCGAGGCACAGCAUCUGCCACGUCAUCAUACACCUCCCCCAUCACUGGUAGCGUUGCCCAGGACGGAUUUCCGCUGGAUUCCCAAGGUUUUUGUUGGUGUGACCCUACCACCAGGGGCUGCCAUCGCUGUGGACGCACUGGCCACAUUGCUCACAAGUGCAUGCACACCAUGCCCACCUUUGUGAAGGACUGGAUCCUGGCUAAUGGCAAGAGCAGCUCCGCUUCUGCUGCUUUCUCUGCUGCACUGGAGGCAGGUCUGACCAGGGAGAGCUUCUUUGAGAUGUGGGAUGAGUUCCAGAUGUCCAAUGAAGCGGAGAUUGGUGGUGGGCCUAGUGGACCAUUCCUGUCUCCAAGACGGACUUAG